AGAAGAAUAUAUAAACGGGAGUGCAUUUCUCUCAAAAAAAUCAUAAUUUUAUGAUAAUUGUGUUAAAAAAGUAAUUAUUUAAUAAUAAAACAAUAAUAAAGUGCACACCCAGCGAUAAUUACAUAAAGUUUUAGCAUAAUAAAGCUAUUUAAAUUUCGAUAAAGCCAGUUAUAAGAUCACUAAAAAAAUCCAGACGAAAACAUUAGUAUUCCCAAUUACAUUUAUUGUAACUACUACUCCCUCGCAAUUGUAUACCCAGUUCAUAUACAUAAAAUGAUUGUGGGUGUUUUCUGUAAAUGUAAUUAAAAAAAAGAAAACGGAAACAGCAAGUGUUGCAACAUAGUUAGUUGUAGUGAAGAAUUUUAUGGUUUUAAUAGUUUUGUGUAAAAGGGCAUGAAUGUGUUUCGCCAGCAGUGUUGUUGAAGCGCAUAAAAAGCUAUUUAUAGCAAACGCGGGUGGUGGCAAUAUCAACAGUGGCAGCGGUAGCAGUGCAGCAGCCAAUGAGAAGCGGGACUCCUUGAGUGGCAUUAAAGGUAUACGCAACGAUAAGCGUGGAAGUUUAAGUGGCAGUGGUGGCAGCAAUAGUAAUAGUCUGAAAAAUUCUAAAAUGUCUCGUAGCAAAACACGUAUACAAACGGAAGUCUGCGGAGAUUGUGGAGCUACAGAUCCCUCGUGGGCCUCUAUAAAUCGCGGCAUUUUAUUAUGCUCCGACUGUUGCUCAGUACAUCGCAGCUUGGGUAGACACAUAUCCAUAGUGAAAUCUUUACGUCAGGGUACAUGGGAACCUUCUGUAUUGAAUUUUGUCAAUUCUUUAAAUGCUCACGGUGCCAACAGUGUAUGGGAACAUCAUUUACUAGAUGGAACUACUUCAUCGGGUCCUAAGGGCAUACCGCGUAUACGCAAACCCUCCCCAAAAGACCCUUUACAUCCCAACAAAUCAGACUUCAUCAAUGCCAAACAUGUACAAUUGGCUUUUGUCUUAAAGCCUAAUUUCCAAGAUACUGACGAUGACAUCACUGGUGCUAAUUUAGAACAUGAAUUAAGCAAACAACUACAUGCCAGUGUACGUACCAGUAACUUAGAGACAUCUUUACGUCUGUUGGUGCAAGGUGCUGAUCCAAAUUUCUUCCAUGAGGAGAAACGUUCGACACCUUUACAUGUGGCUGCUAAAUUUGGACAGGCUUCACAAAUUGAACUGUUAAUUGUUUAUGGAGCCGAUAUAAAUGCCAUUGAUGGCAAUGGCUUAACACCGCUUGAGGUUGCCAAAGCCAAUAAUCAUACGUUAAUUGCUGAACGUUUAUUAGAUGGCAUGUAUGAGGUCAGCGAUCGUAUUAUAAUGUUUUUGGGUGGCAAGAAACCAGACCAUACGACUGGCCGCCAUCUAAUUAUACCCGACUCAAAUACCGCUGAAAUAAGUGAACAAUUGAAAAUAGCUCGAGGGCGUUUACAAUUAGUGCCCAAUAAAAUGUUCGAAGAGCUUGUAAUGGAUCUAUACGAUGAAGUUGAUCGUAGAGAAAAUGAGGCCAUAUGGGCUACAUCCACCAUGAAUGGUGAAAAUGUUGCAGUGCCAUUUUUACCAGCAAAUCCAUUUUUAAGUGCCACACGUAAUCAGGGUCGUCAAAAGCUGGCACGUUUUACUCGUGCUGAAUUUAAUGGCUUGCUAACGGAUGUUUUAAUUGAUGCACGUCGACGUCAAAAUAUGGCGAACUUACGUCCUCUAGAUGGCCCGCACACAUCGUCGUCAUCAUCUGCCAUGGCUAAUAAUAACAAUAACGCUUCUGGUUUUUAUAAUAUUAAUAAUUUAACAACAUCUGGUAUGGCUGGCAACAGUGAUUAUCAUGAUCCAAAUCUAUCGGAUGAUGAACCAAUUUAUGAUCCAGUAGCUGAUGAUGAUUAUGAACCAAUGCCGCCUAUAGCACAGCAGGCUAUUGUACAUCAAUCAGCCAAACCACACGAUGAAAUGACAAAUUAUGAAAUGCAGACUUUACGUAAACAAAUCAAUGAUUACGUUACCGAAAUCAAUCAAUUAAAGAAUGUUGUACAAAAGUUAUCCAGUGAAAAUACCGAAUUGAAAUCAAAAUUUUCCACCGCUCAACAGCCAUCGAAAUCAGCAUCAAAUAACAGUGUUUAUGAUGAACCAUUGCGUAUUGAAAACACUGAAAAUGAUCAUGAACCCCAUUCUUUGCCUGAAGGCUUAAACACAAGUUUAGGUACGAACAACAGCAAUACAGGUCAAACUCAGGGGACGGGGGCAGCAUCAGCAUCGUCCUCUUCAUCGGCUACGAACUCACAACAAUCGACCAUUAAACGACCAGCCAGUAUGUAUGAACGACGUCUUCAGCCCAGUCUAACGAAAACAAAUGCAGACACACGUAAUACCACCUCUAUGUAUCAAAUGGCCGCGGACAAAUCAUUUACCGAGGAAGUUAAUCAAAAGACAGACAUUGUAACGCAUCGCCUUAAGGAGUUGAUACAUUCAAUGCAGGAUCCCAACAAUCGCGAAACCUUAGUACCCUGUGCUGAACGCAUACGAGCCGCUGUCUUGGAAUUAAUCAAUGUUUUUACUACACCGAAUAACUGCAAUGAAACUAUACGGGAAACGUUAAUGCAAUUAACGCGUAAUAACAUUUUAAUACAACAUAGUUGUGAAAAUUUACGCAAUUCAUUCGAUACGAAUGAUAAAGCCGCCAUUGAGAAAUAUACAAAAGAUGUACGUGAAUGUGCGUAUUAUAUUGCCAGUGCCACAAAAACUUUAGUUUUACAAUUGGAAUGAGUUGUAUGUAUGUAAUAUAUAGUAUAGUAUAACACUAGUACAUACUAUAGCUAUUUACAACAAAUUUCUUAACAACAAUCCCAUUAUAAUUUUUUUUAGCAUUUAAUAAUACAUAAAUUUUAACAUUUAUUUUAAAAUUGAUUACGUUUUUCGUCAAUCUGUAUUAAUAAUCAGUUUUUUUAAAUGUUUUAAAGAAUAUCGAAAUAUAAAAAUCGAAAAGUAAAAAAAGAAACCGAAAAAAGCAUUAACAUGUUCUUCCAACAAUAACAAUUUUAAUAUGCCUUAAAUAAAUGAAAUAAUUUAUAUAAAAUUAUAAAAAA